AACCAGUUGAAACAUAGUAUUUUUUCGAUCUUUCAAGUUUCAAAUCCUCAAAUAGUAGCUAAAUACUUUAUUGAUACUAAAACAGGUCCUUGUAAUUUAACACGUCGUUUGGAAGUUUGAUAUCUGGACCGGUUAAUUCGUUUGAUUGUUUAUCAAAUAUUUUUACAAAUCCAGUAACUUAGUAAAUUUUUUUAACAUAGACCCUAUGAAAAAUAUUUCAGUUUUUGUUCUGUAAGGCUACUGAAUCUUUAAUUGUGAAAAUGAAAAGCACAUCUCAUUCUGGACUUUAGGCCGUAGGCUACCAUCUAUGCUCUAACUUAUUGAGAUUUCUUAGCUAAAUAUUAUGGCUGACGUAUUCAUGCAUUCGGAUGCGAAGAGUCUUCUAAGGAACAGACAUAUUCUAUUCCUAGGAGAUUCAAAUAUGAGAGCCCAGUACAAGGAUUUAACGUGGCUGCUGAAUUUUAACAAGUUGAUUACCCAAAAAUCCCUUAGAUCAAAGCUUGAGCACAGCUUCCUUGGGGAUAAUCUUAUUGGGCGAAGCAAAGUUAACCAUGGAAGAGACUUCAAAGAAAAGAGGAUUUAUAACGACCAAGGCAAUGGAACUGUGCUGGAGUUUUCAUUUUUGACCCGCUGCUACAAUCGCCAACUGGAAGAAUUGUUCAAUAAUUAUAAAAAAUAUCCUAAACUGGCACCUGAUGUCAUAGUGAUGAAUUCCUGCCUGUGGGACUUAACCAGAUGGGGUCCGAAUGGGGCUCCAGAAUACAAAGACAAUAUGGUGAAGCUGAUGAGAUUGAUGUGCCACUGUCUGCCCAAGCAAUGUCUGGUGAUCUGGUCCACAGCUCUGCCUACAGCUCCUCACAUCAAAGGGGCUCUGAUCAUCAAACAGAUCAAAUGUAUAGAGUCCAUGAUACGGUUUGAAGUGAUGGAGGCUAACACAUUUGCCAGAGAGGUUGUAGUGAGUCAUGGAUUUGAUGUGCUGGAUAACCACUAUUACACAAGGAUGCAGAUGCAUAGGAGAGCCAAGGAUGGAGUUCAUUAUCUUCCAGUUCCUGUGCGGUUAUUGACAAACUUGCUUCUCACACACAUUGCAUUGUCCUGGGGCAAGAAGCUCCCCAAUAACAUCCAGACAAUAUUACUGGAUAAAGCAAAGCAGAUGGAUAGCAAAAAGCCUGAGAAGAAACCUGAGGUUAAGAUACCAACGACAGGAAUCUUUUCCAAGAUCAAUCUUGCUACACCUGUAAAGUCCAGGGCAAAAGGAAUAUCAGUGACAUUUACUCCAGGCCGUGGUGGCCGACGCUGCAAUCUUGAAGAUGAUGAGUGUCAAGUAGCCUCCACUUCUGGGACAAACACUGUUGUGAGGUCAGUUGUGCAAAUACCAACAAACAACAGACAUGCAGCUGCUGGGCCCUACCGCUACAAGAAGAAAAACAAAAAGAAUAAGAAACGUCCUUAUGAUCGAAACACCAACUAUGAUACCAACCGUAACAGAAAUUGUUCAUACUACAACCCUCGUUACACCACUCCUUCAUUCUACAAUCCCUAUCCUUACACAACGUCAAAUCACUAUGAUGAUUCCUAUAGUGACUACAAUGACGAGGAAUACAACUAUGAAAAUUGACUAAGACCAAAUUUGUCAACUGAUGUUACCUCUCAUUUGAAAUGAAGCAAUGACAAAGUUCCUAAUCCACAUUUACACACAUUUAAACAAUGUUUUUAUUAUCUGACAUUCAGUUUGAAUUUCAAAUGAGAAUUGUGUUUGAUGUGUUUUUGUUUGUAUUUAAAAAUAAAUUAUUUGUUCCCA